AUGUUUUCUAAAAACAGUCGAAGAUCAAGAAGCGGAAAAGGACGCGGUUUGCCGAAAAAAGGUGGUGGUGGUGGCAAGGGUACCUGGGGACUUCCUGGUGAUGAGGUAUAUGAAGAUGGGGUCUGCAGAGAUGUACAUGAUCCUAACUAUGACCCUGAAAGCCAGGAUGAAUAUAUUGUGGAAGAGACGGAACUUGAGGUUGAUGACGAACAGUUCAAUAGGUUAGUUGAGCCCCUCCUCCUUGAAUACUUCGAACAUGGAGACACAUCAGAUGUUAGGGAUAGUCUUCAGGAUUUGAAUCUUGGUCACUUGACUCCCCAGGUAACAGAAUUAGCCAUUAAUCUGGCUCUUGACAGGAAAUCCUUACAGAGAGAAAUGACCUCCGUAUUGAUCUCUGAUUUAUAUGGCAAUGUGUUCAAUCAUCAGAAUAUUGCUGAUGGCUUUGACAGUGUGCUCAGAAGUCUCUCAGAACUAACACUUGAUGCUCCUGAAGCACCAACGAUUGUUGGUCAGUUCAUAGCCCGAGCAGUGGCUGAUGAUUGCCUGCCUCCGAAAUUUGUCAGUAGCUAUAAAGGCAAAGUGGAUUGUCCUCAUGCCAGCUUUCACUUCACGCUUAAAAUUUUUCCUCUUCAUUCUCGUCUCCUUCUCUUCAUUCUCGUCUCCUUCUCUUCAUUCUCGUCUCCUUCUCUUCAUUCUCGUCUCCUUCUCUUCAUUCUCGUCUCCUUCUCUUCAUUCUCGUCUCCUUCUCUUCAUUCUCGUCUCCUUCUCUUCAUUCUCGUCUCCUUCUCUUCAUUUCGUCUCCUUCUCUUCAUUCUCGUCUCCUUCUCUUCAUUCUCGUCUCCUUCUCUUCAUUCUCUUCUCCUUCUCUUCAUUCUCGUCUCCUUCUCUUCAUUCUCGCCUCCUUCUCUUCAUUCUCUCCUUCUCUUCAUUCUCGUCUCCUUCUCUUCAUUCUCGUCUCCUUCUCUUCAUUCUCGUCUCCUUCUCUUCAUUCUCGUCUCCUUCUCUUCAUUCUCGUCUCCUUCUCUUCAUUCUCGUCUCCUUCUCUUCAUUCUCGUCUCCUUCUCUUCAUUCUCGUCUCCUUCUCUUCAUUCUCGUCUCCUUCUCUUCAUUCUCGUCUCCUUCUCUUCAUUCUCGGCUGCUCUUGACAAAGCUGAUAUCUUACUAAAUAUGAAGCAUGGCAUUGUCCGCUUGGACAAUGUGUGGGGAACAGGAGGUGGACUACGGCCAGUCAAGUUUCUUGUUAAGCAAAUAGUGCUGCUGUUGAAAGAAUAUUUGUCUUCUGGUGAUAUGGUAGAAGCUACCCGUUGCUUACAAGAAUUGGAAGUGCCUCAUUUCCAUCAUGAAUUGGUUUAUGAGGCGACUGUAAUGGUGCUAGAAGAUUCAACUGAAAGGGCUGCAGAAAUGAUGUGUAAAUUGCUGAAGAGUUUGUGUGUUGCUGUGAUAAUCACUCCUCAGCAAGUGGUGCAGGGAUUCAGAAGGGUUUAUGAAGCAAUGCCAGAUUUGUGUCUUGAUGUUCCGGCUGCAUAUGUGAUUUUAGAGAAGUUUGCUGCUGCCUGCUACAAAGCGGGCGUCUUGAGCACAGAACUCUAUCAAGAAUUACCUCAAAGAGGUCGCAAGAGAUUUGUAUCCGAGGGCGAUGGAGCUGCUGUUGCAGGUUUUUUUCUCUCCUCUCAUACUCCCCUCCCCCUCUCCCUGGCUGCAUCAGUAGCAAAUGUGGAAGCCCUCAACAGAAAUGAUGGCAGCAGUAAAAGCCAUGCUGGUCAGUGGUCAAAACUCUAA